UAAAUCAGGGCCGAAGUCAGGCUGAUGAAGGGCGGAAGUAGAGUGUUCAAUGCUGCACUCAUGGCGCAGGAAGGGGAAGAUGUUAGAGAUUACAAUUUGACUGAGGAGCAGAAGGCGACCAAGGCCAAGUACCCUCCAGUCAAUCGGAAGUACGAGUGUGAAUUUGGAUCAUACAGCGGAUGUCCAGUUACAUGCAUGGGGAGAUACUCUGGAGGAAGCAUUCGAACAAUGUGCAAUGGCUAUGUUUGGUUACAUGACAGAUACGGAGACUGUGGAGCCCCUCCAAACAAUAGAAGUAGAAACCCAAGGAGAUGACAUACACUCUCUUCUGUUUCACUUUUUGAAUGAGUGGCUUUAUAAAUUCAGUGCUGAUGAAUUCUUCAUACCCCGGGAAGUGAAAGUACUUAGUAUUGAUCAGAAAAAUUUCAAAUUACGGUCAGUUGGGUGGGGAGAAGAAUUCUCAUUGUCCAAACACCCUCAGGGAACUGAAGUCAAAGCAAUAACAUAUUCAGCAAUGCAGGUCUAUAAUGAAGAGAAGCCAGAAGUUUUUGUGAUCAUUGACAUUUAAGAUACCAAAAAAAGACUCCUAUGAAGAACUGUUCUUUCUCUUCCUUUUGAGAUGAUACCAUGAUAUAAAUUCUACAAUCUGAUGAUAUAUGGAGAUUUGCAGAACAAAUUUUUAACUUAAAGUGUGACUUUUAGAAAUGGAAAAUCAAGGCACAUCCUUGGUCUGUGUUAACAAAAUAUUCAAACGUUAAAGAGUUCUUCGGGUGGCAAGCCUGGUUUCUCAUUGAUGAAUUCCGUUUCCAAUGGAAUGCCUCCCCUCCAGCCUGGUCCCAAAAGGAAUCAUUGACGUUGGCAGCAGCCCGAGAGACUCUGAAGCUUCCACACUCUUAUUGAAUACAGUUUGGGGCGGAAAUUACAAUUUGAGAAAUCCUACAAACAGGAUUUUGCUUUUUCUACAAAUUGGUUGACAUAUAUUUUGUACAUACUACAUUAAAAGAGGUUGUACUUUA